CCCGUGCCCUUCCUUCUCCCUGUAGCUGGGCCCAGGAGCUGCGCUCGGGCGGACACUGUGGGGCAUGCUGGGAUUGGGCUCUUUCGGUUUCCAGCUGCAGGAGGUGCCGGGAGGGCAGCGCAUCAUCACAACGACCCGUUCCCAUAGCAACAAGCUGGUGACGGAGUGUGUCCAAGCCAUGCAGCCGCAUGAUGUGAUCAGAGUGGGCGGGGCAGGAAACAAGAUUAUCCAGCUGGUGGAGGGCAAGGCCUCUGCCUAUGUGUUUGCCAGUCCGGGAUGUAAGAAGUGGGACACCUGCGCCCCUGAGGCCAUCCUGCACGCCGUGGGGGGGAAGCUGACCGAUAUCCAUGGCAAAGCGUAUCGGUACGACCGCCACGUGAAGCACAUGAAUUCUACAGGGGUGCUGGCCACCCUGCGGAACCACGAGUACUACACCAGCCGUGUGCCGGAGGCUGUCAAGAAGGCACUGCUCUCUGACUGACCGCUGUCACUGAGCCCUGGGCCCUACCCCUGACCCCUGACCCCUGACCCCUUCUCCCCUGACUGACCCCUGUCACUUCACUGAGCCCUGGGCCCGACCCCUGACCCCUUCUCCCUUGACUGACCGCUGUCACUUCACAGAGCCCUGGGCCUGACCCCUGACCCCUUCUCCCUUGACUGACUGCU